UCCAUCAUGAGCAACCUCGAAAAGACCCUGUUCCAACUCAAGUUCACUGCAAAGUCAUUGAAUCGUCAGGCAAAGAAGGCUCAGAAGGACGAAAACUCAGAGAAGACGCGAUUAAAGAAGGCAUUGCAGCAAGGAAAUAACGAUGGCGCUCGGAUAUACGCCUCAAAUGCCAUUCGAAAGAAGAGCGAGGCGUUGAAUCUAUUGCGCCUAUCCAGUCGCAUAGAUGCUGUAGCCAGCAGAGUAGAGACCGCCGUUACCAUGCGUCAAGUAACGGGGAACAUGACAUCGGUCGUGAAGGGAAUGGAUAAAGCGAUGGAGAGCAUGAACCUCGAACGGAUUUCUAUGGUUAUGGAUAAAUUUGAGAACCAGUUCACGGAUCUGGACGUCCAAACGUCAAUAAUGGAGGACACCAUGUCCGCCACGACUGCCAUUUCCACACCUCAAGAUCAAAUUGAUCAGCUGUUGCGGCAAACGGCCGAGGAGGCCAACAUCGAGUUACAGCACGACCUGGCCUCGAAGGACCUCAACGCCGUGGCAGACUUGAAUUCUCCGAAUAAGGUUAGAGAGGAGGACGACAAGCUCGCGGAGCGGCUGAGAGCCUUGCGACCAGCCACAUGAUAGAAACAAGCAAUUGGGAGAUUAUAGGACGCGAACCGGAAUGUAACAAUUUGUACCUUUAUAUUUUACGAUUCUUAUGGACCAAUAUAAUAUGGCUGGCCCGUGC